CUUUCAAUGUAGAAAAGCAAGACGUUGAGACGCACCGUACAAAAUAUCUCGUACUGAAGAGGACAAUAAUAUUUCACUGAGUGACUGACAGUUAGUGACAGCCGUGGUCCGGGGGCAUACCGGGGAUAGCGGGGAGAUGGGCCGUGUUUUUACCUUCCAGGUCACAGGCCCCGCUGUACAGAGUGUCGAAAAUAUUUGGGAAUGGGCCUAACCUAGGAUGUUCCCAGGGUGCGGGGGCAUUUGGCUGGGAUUUUACCAGCAGUUUGCCACUCAACAGCAGGGAUUUUACCAGGGAUUUGCUGGAUCGAAAGUUGAGUGAAAACCAGAAAACUCAUACAAGAUGGCUAUGGAGGUAUCUUGCUGUGCAGCGGAGCGUAAACCAGGAAUUCUCGAAUACAUCCAGAAGAAUCCAGGAGAUGCCCAGAAGUUAUUCAGUCAGUGGAGUCAAAUGCUUACAGAAAAUGAUAUUGACAUCAACCUACGCAAGGAGAUGGAUGCAUGGUUUCAGGAUUGUUAUAACAGGAGGAAUGAACUAUGGAAUUUAGAAAAUCAAGGCGCCUUUACGAUGUACCAGCAAAAGGUUGAUCAGUUCUGUAGGGAUUUCAGAGAUAUUAUUGAAACCAAAAAGCGUGAAUCAUCAGAAAGUGGGGAUAAUCUGAGAUCAUUGCAGGUUGGGUCAGGCUUGGAGAGGAUAAAGGACCAGCUGACGGAUGGGUCGUUUGUCAAGAAGGCAAUAGAGUGUGUGGAAAAUGAGGCUAGCCUUAUUGCAAAGGCGAUGAAGCUUUCAGAGGAAGACAGUCAGAACAGGAUGAUGAGGAAACUGGAUGCUGACUUCAAAAGUUUACAUGAUGACAAAAAAAAACUGGAGAAAAAGCUUGAGUAUUUGAAGAAUGAAAUAAAGAAACUUCAAAACUUCCAGGAGCAACAUGCUGAAAAAAUAGAGACAUUGGAAGGUUUAAAUCGAGCAAAGCAAGCUGGUAAAGUUGAUAUGAGUCGACGCAUAGAAUCAGAGACAAAUCUUAUGCAGUUUUUGGAAGCUAACAUGAUCGCUUGCAAAAAUAAUAUCACCGCCUACUCUGGGAGCUGUAUAAACAUAUACAACCAGCUUCAGCCAAAGAUUGGACCAUUGAUCAACGAUUUGGCAACAAAAGUCCGGGAAUGGCAAAAUGAGUAUAAAUUGUGUUAUGCUGAGCUACAGUGCAAUGAGCCAGACCUGGAUAAAGUGGCGCCUUUGUGUACCAAAAUGGGCCAAUUACUCUAUGAUCUGCACAUAAGCCUUGUCCCUGAACUGUGCAAGAUGACUGAUCAGAACCAGGAAGAUGCACAGAAUAUACAACAGGACAUAGUGCAGAAUAUGGAUCAUUUCUUUCAAAGAACAUUCAUAGUCAGCGAUCAAACUGCUUCCAUCUUGAAGUGUGACAAGAAAACUCUACCACCAAUAUGCGUAAGAAUUCUCGGCGCAGACUCACAUGAACUGCACCAUUUGUUUCACCGUAAUGUACAGGCAUACCUUUUAUAUGAGGGUGACCUCAACAAUUGUUGGGACCAUGCUACAUGCUCCCUGGAUGUGCAAAAAGUCAAAAGAUUUGCAAAGAAUAUGGAUAAAAAUGAGGAAAACUUUCAGCACAUAAAUAAGAACAAAGACUGCAGGCAGGCCGUUUUCAAGAAUCUAAGCUUAAAGAAUGCGACAAAAGAGAAAUCGUUUGAACGAAAUUCAGGAAAACCUGUACACGAAGAAAAGUACAGAUUUGUUUUUGUCACGACAGGUUUAAAUGAUCCGACAUCUCAUGUAUGGACUUUAUCGCUACCUGUCAUUAUAACGACAGGGGCGAACCAGGGAUGUCUAGCCCAGGCUUCAAUCACCUGGGCUUGCUUUGGCACAGAUGUGUACACACUGCCAAUACAAGAAAGAAAUGAGUUACCAUGGUCUGAGGUCGCUGCAAUGUUGAACAUGAAGAUGGAGAAACUAUGCCCAGAACGGUCCCUAAACACUGAUAACCUGAGGCACUUGAAACGAAGACUUUUGGGAAAUUCAGAGUUGCCAGAUAGCAAGCCUAUUACACUGAAACGGUUUUGCUUUGAAAAGCUUGAAAAAUCCUCCAAGUCUUUGGAUGAAACAGACGAUUUGCUUACUUUUUCCUUUUGGAAAUGGUUUAUUGGCUGCUAUAAUCUGAUUGAAAGAUACCUUAUAAAGUACUGGAGGGAAGGACUUAUCGAGGGUUUCAUCAGCAAGGAAGAUGCUAGGGAGAAACUCCGCACAGCAAGGCCCAAAGAUGGCAUGUUCAUAUUGAGAUUCUCGGACACCAAUUUGAUUGACAGCCAAGGAAUCAGAAGCAUCUUUGCUUUCCUUACAGCCUGUGUGAUGGUUGUUAAAACAAACCCGGAUGGACAAAAGAUGAGGAAUAUCGCCGACAGUAUGGAUGUGGCAAACCAGAAGGUUUUGGAAAAGAAUUGUUUGGCCAAAGUGUUGCUCUGUACAAAAGGGAAAGACCAAUCAAGUGUAUACAAGGUUCUUUAUCCGGGCAGACCAUGGGACCAGACAUUCAAGAAACAUGUUACAGAAGAUAGUUCUGAAAGCAAUGACGCUAUUGGGUACGUCAAGCCCAUGCAAGCGUGGAUGAUCGACUUGGAACAGACACUUUAUGUGAUUGAACAGGCGACCGGUAAGCACGAGAGACGACCGUCGCUUGAUUCAGGCUUUGACCCAUCAUCUCCCGCCUCAAAUCUCUCUUUUAAUGGAAAUGGAAAUGGACACGGGAGUGGGAACGGUUGCAAACGCAGGAGAAACAGAAACCUGUCGGAGGAGCACCCAAACUUGAGCAGUUGUCUGAGUGUACCACCAAAUCCAGCUAGACCGUAUAGCCCUGGACAAGUGUCCGAUAUAACAAGUCAGAUGCUUUCUCCGUUACAUAGUGAUAUCACCGAAACGGAUGGGCUCCCCGAUCAAGAUAUUAUGCUGCCUAAUUUGGAGACAAUCGUUGAACCAAUACAUUCAGACAGUCGCUUUACGGGGAGCGACUUUUGUAUGAACGGAGGUGACGAUUUUAUAAUCUCUGACCAACAAAUUGAAUUGAGUGAUGGAACAUCAUUUUCUGUGGGUGGGCCUAACUUGUUUGCACAAGAUCCAACAACUACGAUGGCGAGUUUUGUUUUGGAUGGCCAGGAGCAGCUUGCAGAUACAAGUAUGAAUCCGUUGAUUGGUUUACAACAAAACAACAAUAUGGAAUGUAUUCCACCUCGUCUAAACGGUAUGAACACUCCAUUUGUAAAUCAGGGUUUUAGAGUUGAACAUUCAGCCGAUAGAUCUGAAACUGUCAUUUAUGUUGAUUCAAGCAGUGGUUUCGACGAGGAACAAUGUCUUGUAACUGACAUUAACAAUGGAAUGACCCCUGACCAGCAGCAACAGCAACCAGUUUCUCAAACAUGUAGCAAUGCAAUUUUGCAGCUGUUUUCGCAACUGAAUGUGCAACAAAAAGACCAUCUUUUAAAAAGUAUGGAGCAGUUAAGACUCCCAAGGGAGACAAGUCAGAAGGAGAGUCAAUCAUCAAAGCAAUUGGAUUCUGGUGGUGGUUUUGUAUUGAAUUCGGGUGAUUUUCAAGAUGCAAUAGGAAUGGACAGUGGAAGCUUAAAGUUUGAUGCAAUAAAUAACUUCCCGGAUUCUUCGUCUGGAAAUUGAUGUCAUUUUAUCCAAGGUGAAAUUCAGUGCAAUUAAUAACUUCACAGAUUCUUCGUCUGGAAAUUGCAGUCAUUUUAUCCAAGGUGAAAUUCAAUGCAAUUGAUAACUUCACAGAUUCUUCGUCUGGAAAUUGCAGUCAUUUUAUCCAAGGUGAAAUUCAAUGCAAUUAAUAACUUCACAGAUUCUUCCUCUGGAAAUUGAUGUCAUUUAUUCCAAGGUGAAUUUUAAUGAAAUUAGCAAUUUCCCGGAAUAUUCUUCUGAAAAUUGAAAUCAUUUUAUCCAAGGAAAAAGAGAUACUGCAAUGUUAUAUCAAUACUCCAUUCAAACUGAAGUAUUAUCUGUACAGAAAUUGAAUAAUAAAUGGAAACUACAGACACACGUGUAGUAGCCAAAACAUUCUAACAUCAAUGAAGGCCGAUUAGCUCUUAAAGCAAUGCAGCCUAUUAUCUCUAAAAGCAAUGCAGCCUGUUAUCUCUUAAAGCAAGGAAGCCGAUUAUCCUUCAAGUCAGUUAAAACGAAAUCUUCUACAGAACAAAAUGUGAAUGUUGUGUAAUAAAACACACACAAAAAACGUGAUAUGAUUGAUUACACUGAUUAAUGCAUGUUUUUACUGAUUUAUAACCACAAUGAUGUAUUAUAAUUUGUUGCAAAUUUGUAGGUGGAAAACGUGGUGUUAAAUUAAAUGUAUAUUUUAUAUAAUUAUAUUUCUUCGGCUCAAUAACAGUUAAUGCUUUUUUAUACGAUGCUGUUAGUCUGAAAUUACACCCGCCGGUCAUUUGUAUGUACAAUUGUGCUUCAUUCUUUAUAUUUUAUUAUGUGUUAACUGUUUAUGUUUAAACUGUUUAAAAAUCAUCACUAUUUUAUCAAAAUGCUGUAAGCUUACACACAUGUAAAGAUAAUAUUCUCCACAAUAAGGAAAUACAUGCAUGAUCAAUAUAUACCAAAUCUUAGGUGAAAUGAAGUGUCCUCCUCUUGCCCGUGAGACAGUGGAUUUGAGUCUCGCCAGGUGUGCCAUGUCCUCGUCGCCCGUUGGUGUGACUUAUAAAGUCAAGCUUAAAUAUUUUAUUUCUGUAACUUUGUUCCUGUCUUAUCUCUGUGAUAUGUUUGUUUCAAAAUGUAGCUUUCAAUAUGCCUUUUUAUUUUAUUGAUAAUGCCGUGUGAUUAAUGCUUAAAGCUGCACUCUCACAGAUUCAACGUUUUGACAUUUAUUUUUAUUUUUUGGCUUGGAACCAGCCAAUUAAUGCGAACAUGCAUGUAAACUAUUCAUAUAAGACUGCUCACAAAAACAUAGUCCCAGAUUUUCUAUUUAAGUUCAAAAAGUGAUGUUUUGUGUUUAUUCUUAACCGUUAGUUUUGUGUUUAUUCUUAACCGUUAGUUACGCUUUAAGCCUUAAAAAAUAGUUUUCGAACUAAAAUAUGAAGAUCUGCGUCUAAUAUUUUGUCAGCCGUCCUUUACCACUGGUUUGUAGAUAUUUACGCAAAAAUUUGCUCAUUCCUUGACAAAAAAAUAAAAAAGUAAAUCUGUGAGAGUGCAGCUUUAAGAUGAUGUAAACAUAUUGUUUGAUAUAGACCUUGUUUCAUGUUCUUUUUAUUAUAUACUUUCCGGGUUUUUUAGAGAUUUAUCAAUGAAAAUAAAAACGAAAUUUCGAAAAUAGUGAAAUAACAAAUAAUAGUUUUCUCUGUUAAGAAACUUGAGCCUGCUCUCACUUCAGGAUCAACCAUCUACACCAUUAGGGCUUGGAUGUCAUUUUUUAAUUCACUUUGUAUCCUUUAAAUAUAUAUUUACAAAAUAUUGAAAGUUUCACUGUAUGAUCGCGAAAUAGUUCACCUCGUGAACACGAAAAAAUGUAAAUCUACAGCGAACAGUACAACUCUGCUUUUGAGCAUUUUAGUGCGUUUUUGGCUAGGGAGAUUUUUUUUUAAAUAUUGACAAAGAAUUUAAGCAACAUAAUUAUUAUAUAAUGUAAAACUCUAGCAAAACCCCACAAGACUUUGAAUCACACUAGGCUUGUUUUUUGUGAAAUAAGUUGAGCACUGAGUUUGAGAUUUGACUGAGGUUUUUUUGCGCAUUCUUAUGGAAUUUGAUAAUGUUUAAAACUGUUUGCAUAGGCUUGUGUAAAUGUGAGAAAUCUGUUUCCCGCCGUACACGAAAAUUGCAAGACUUUAAAAUGUGCCAUCUUUUGAAUAUACAUGGUGAUAUGAGUACUAAUGCCAAUAAAUAUGUAGCCAUUAUGUGAAAAACCGUUAUGUACAUUUUUUUCUGUAAAUAAAUGUAAAGUGUUUAUUGAUAUUUUAAAUGUUAUGAUUAUGUACAGAAUUGUUUUUAACAUGUUUGUGUUUUUUGUUAUUUUUUUACAUGUAGUUCAAGCAAUUUCAGUGUUUUUUCUUCGUCAAAAUUUUGGAAAUGCGACCGGAUGGGAAUAAAUGCCUCAUUCUAACUAAAAUUUGGAUUUACAAUUUUGCCUAUAAUGAGCAGGAACGCUUUAAAAUAUAUAGUAGAGAAAAAAGAAUGAUAUCAACUUUGGAUCGAUCAAAUACACCAACUAUUCUAUAGGAAACGCCUUCGGGCCCAUUCUUUAUUAAAAGUAAUACCUUUUUCAAAACAAAAUUGGGAAUUUCACAUUUGGGGAAAAAUACAGGUUUUAGCAUUUGGAUCCAAAUUUCGGCCCCAAAUUGAUCAGAAAACACAUUGACUGUUGUACUUAGUUUGUUAUAAACUGAUUUUGCUAUUACGGAAAAAGUGCUCUUUAAUUUAUGUUAUGUUUUAUGUUUGUUACUUUGUGUUUAAUGGUGUUCCAUUAAAUUGAUCGGAAUACAAAAUUGAAUGCCUGAUAUCGUAACGCAGAUAAGUUCAGUUAAAUAUUAGAAACUUGUCAAGAAGCAAUUCUGUUAAUAUUUGUAUGACUUAGUUGUUUUUUGUUGUUGUUUUUUUUUAAAAAGCAAUUAUUGUGACAAUAGUUCUGCAUCACUAAGAAUUCGUUAAAAAAGCCAUUAUGUUAAGAUUUUGUAUAACUUGAGCAUUUGUUACAAAGCAAUUAUAUUCAGAUUGGUAUGACUUCGAAAUUGUCAGAAGGAAAAAUUUGUUAAACAGCAAUAAUGUUAAGAUUUUUAGCUCGUCUGUUUUUCGAAGAAAAAAAGUCGAGUUAUUGUGAUAGCCUUGGCGUCGUCGGCGUCGUCUGCGUCUGCGUCUGCGUCUGCGUCGUCGUCGUCGUCCAAAAACUUUAACCUUACCUCAUAACUCAAAAACCGUUCAACAUUUUCACAUUAAACUUGCUACACGUGUUCCUAUUAACACUAUGCAUGUUUAUAGCAGGUCAUAUAAUUUUGCCUUUAAUUAAUAUUGAGUUAUCCCCCCUUUUCGACUUGGAAUUUCAUCAGACGAGCGUUGGCACCCACUCCGCGGUGCUCUUGUUAGAACUUAUGAUAUCUUUAAAAUAAAACAUUGUAAAAGUUAGUUUGAAGAUCAUAUAGUUCAUGACUUACAUUGAAACACUACAUAUUAUACGUAUAUCAUUGUAAGGAGGUUGUGGCUGAAUGCUUUUGCUAUUUGAUCUCCCCUUAACCUAUAUGUUUCAAUAAAUUAUAUUUACAGUAUAAA